CUCCCUCCCUCUCCGGGGUGGAGCAGAUUAGUAUUAUUCCUCAGAGGUUUUGGACUUGGUCUGUAUAUGUCUAAUGUAUUCCCAUGUUUCUUCUCAGCAGCUUCAGUCGACUUUUUUAAUACCACGAUCCAAAUCCAUUUCUCCAACAAACAAGGAAGUUUUAUGAAGUUAACCCUUUUCCUCUAGUUUCUCUUCUCUCGUUUCCUCUUUGAUUUUUUUCUCAACGAAAGUUAGCACUGUUAGUUAUAGUCAGUGACUAGUGAAUGUCCAACCCUUGUCAAAUGCACGAGACUGCCUGGUGCUUACCACUUGACCACUACCGCAUCACUUUUCUCCUUUCCUCUUUGUUGAGGUUCCUCUUUUCUCCCGCUUUCUUGACACUUUCUUCCUAUGUUUCGGUUAUCAGCAGAAAGUAAGCUGUGUCUUCACAAUUGGGAGAGGUGAAGAGGAUCAACAUGAUGGUGAGGAAACCCGAGGAACAGAUCAUAUUGCCUAAAGGAUCUAAGGCAACAGUAGAAACAGAACUGAGGAAAUCCCUGUUUGCUACUUUUCCCAAAUCACCAAUCAAGAAUGGCAGACCAAGCAGCCUGGUUAUCAAGAAAGCCCACACAGUGAUUCCUGCCCACAUAGUAGCCGAAGCCAUAUCGACACUCCACGGCCUCGACCUAAGGUGGUCUGGUCCAAUCACACCAACAGAAAUGCAAUAUGUAGAACAAUAUGUUCUCGCAAAGUACCCAGAGUACUCCAAUGCGCUUGUUGAAGGAGGAGAAAAGACUAACCUCUAUAACCUCUGCAUCAAAGAAGAGCAUUCAGAGCCCUCUCCAGACGAGAAGCGAAAAUCGCCUAGGAGCAGUUUCAGAGACUCAUCGUCCGCGCCAUCAUUAGGAAGCAACCUCCCGGGUCUAGACAAAACCCAGUUGGAGCCAUCGAGAUUGCUUGAAAUUUUAACCAAAAAAUCAUCCUUUCCAGGUAGCUUCAUCUCGAUUCCUGAGAUCCAAGCACGAAACAAAGUUUUGAAGCACUGUGGAUUACCGAAUGAAGAGUACCUUGUGCUCUUCACCCCAAACUACAAAGAUGCCAUGAUGUUGGUAGGGGAGAGCUACCCCUUCUUCAGGGGAAAUUUCUACAUGACUAUAGUCACGGAAGAAAACGAUUACAUAAGGGAGUUUGCUAGUUACAAGGACUCGAAAGUGAUCUCAGCUCCAGAAACUUGGUUGGAUUUGAGGAUCAAGGGAUCACAACUCAGCCAGUAUUUUAGGAGGAAAUGUAAGCAAAGUCCAAAGGGGUUGUUUUCUUUCCCGGCAGAUGUGAAUGGGACACAGUACUCAAUGCAUUGGGUGUCUGAAGCUCAUAGGAAUUCAUGGCACGUCCUGCUUGAUGCGACUGGUUUGGUUGUGGGAGAGGACCGGUUGAACCUCGCACUCCAUAGGCCAGAUUUUGUGUUGUGCAGCCCUGAUAAUACACAUGCCCAUCCUUCAAAGAUCACAUGCCUUCUGGUUAGAAGAAAAUCGUUUGACGCGACGACAGGCUCAGCUUAGGCACAGAACUUAAGGGUAUUUGUACGAGCGUAAAAGUAUAUACAUACUAUGUGUUGAAAUCUACAGUCAUUUGCAUGAUUACAGUUUAGAAUGCUGCCCUAUAAGAUAGCUCAUUGUAAAGGGAAGUCCUGCCAAACCUAAUAUUCCUCACCAAUAGAAUCAGCACUGGAUCCAUUGCUUUGGGUUAGCAAGGACGGUGUCUCUGAAUUUUGAUAGUUGGUGUACGGUCGAGGGACUGAAACUAAUUCUUCCAUGGUGAUUUAAGAACAUUAACCAGCUCCAGAUUAUAUUCGGCUGAAACCAGGUUGCUCUAGAAAAGGAACAAGUUUUUCAAGCCACUGAGAUCCACAAUAAACACCCCAAUAUGAAAACUUUUCAGUUUUUACACUGAAGAAGCUUGGGGAGGAUUGCACUCUUUUGCUUGAUUUGGUGGUUGUGGAGGGAGAGGAAAAGACCUUUGAGGAUGUAUAAAUGGCGACUCAUAAACUUAAGGCGUCUGAUCUUUUACACUUUUGGCUCAAGAGUGAUAUUGUGUUCAUCGAUUUCAUAGAAGAGUUACAUUUUGCGGAGGGUCUUCUGUCAUUGUGUUUUUGUACAUGUCCCUCUUCUUUGCGUUCCUGUUAUUAGCUGAUGCCCCCCUGGCGCCUCUCUCUCCCGUACGAUACUUCCUUAGAACAGAAUCAAACCAACGCAUAUAGUUUUGCACACUUCUGGACGCCCUCGACAUUAGUACGACUCUACAAUUUAUAAGCACAUAACUUGAUGACUUGCGUCUAUUAUUUCCUCAUUUCCUUCAGUCAUCCGAUAUUCACACAGCAACUGCUGAACUCCAGCUCUUCGGACAUUAAUUCUGUCUCCCAGAGUUCUUCCAUGUUUUCCCAAGAUUCUGAUGCAAAUUCCGGGUCCUAAUCUUCCAAACUGUUUUACCUCCUAAACCUACCACUUGCAGAUCCAACGAAAGCCAAAAGACCAAACAACCUGAUCACUGCCACUAUCCGUAAUUGGUUGGAGAGUGAUCGCAUUGUGAAUCGUCUAACGAGGAGGAAAAUUGACUUAUUCCCACUUAAUCAGUCUAGGUACUGCUACAUCUUUUUUUGGAUCAGGCGCUGCUACAUUAGUAGUUAAAAGAUUACAUUCUAUAACUAUUGUUUUCCCCGAGUCACUACGAAGUACAACAUUAGGACACAUGAUGCGUUAAUGACUUCGCAAUAAAUACGGUAAGUAACAACAACAAUUUCAAAUCCAAAGAAUUACUGGUAUACUUGUUAUGGCAAAUCAAGUUUUGUGC